UAGCCGUGGUAGGUAAGCUGAAAGAGUGGCUGGAAUUACUAUUCUUACCAAUCAUUGUAAUAAGCAGUAAAACACCCACCAACCUUUUCUCCUUCAAUCUUAGCAUAAUAUUAAUACCCACUCCCACUUACCAUUAACACUGCUUCUCUCUCUAUUCUCUACCGGGAAGACCAAUAAGUUGUGUAGGCAUUUCGUGUGGUUUCUUCAAUUUUCGAUUAAGCUAAUUGACAUAUUCCAAUGGCACAAGUGGCUGUGAAUCCAGAUGAAGAGGUUGUUCUUGGUCAGGAAUUCGGACACGUUAGAGUUAUUACCUUGAACCAGCCUCGACGAUUGAAUGUUAUUUCGUUUAAUGUGGUUGCAUUGCUAGCAAAGCUUCUGGAGAAGUGGGAAAAAGAUGACGAAGCCGAACUUGUACUAAUCAAGGGGUUGGGGCGUGCUUUCUCUGCCGGUGGGGAUUUGAAAAUGUUUUACGACGGAAGGAACUCAAAGGAUUCUUGUCUUGAAGUAGCAUACAAAAUGUAUUGGCUUUGUUACCACAUCCAUACGUAUAAGAAAACACAGGUUGCUCUAGUUCAUGGAAUUUCCAUGGGUGGAGGUGCAUCCUUAAUGGUCCCCAUGAAAUUCUCCGUAGUCACUGAAAAGACAGUUUUUUCAACUCCAGAGGCAAGCAUUGGGUUUCACACUGACUGCAGUUUUUCGUACAUACUUUCCCACCUCCCCGGGCAUCUAGGCGAAUUUUUGGGAUUAACGGGGGCAAGGCUGAACGGUGCAGAAUUGGUCUCGGCGGGGCUGGCCACUCAUUUUGUUCCUUCUGAGAAAUUGGCGGAGCUGGAAAAUUGUCUGAUAAGUUUAAAUAGCGGCGAGGAGAAAUCUGUCAAAUCCACCAUUGAAGAGUUUUCUGCACACGUCCCGAUCGAUGAAAACAGUGUCCUGAACAAGAAAUCAAUCAUUGAUGAGUGCUUCUCCAAGGAUUCUGUCGAGGAGAUCUUACAAUCCUUUGAAGCUGAAGCAAGCAAAGAAGGAAAUGGUUGGAUGGUUCCAUUCUUUAAAGGACUAAAGAGGUCAUCGCCGACAGCAUUAAAGAUAACACUGCACUCGAUUCGCGAGGGAAGAAAGCAAACUCUGUCUGAAUGCCUGAAGAAAGAGUUCAGGAUCACGAUAAAUAUUCUUCGCUCCGUAAUAUCUGGUGAUGUUUAUGAGGGUAUCAGAGCUGUUACAAUCGACAAGGAUAACGCGACUAAAUGGGAACCCCCGACGCUUGAAGGUGUGGACGCUGAAAAGAUAAAGCAGGUAUUCGAGCCAUUUGAACAAGAUUUGGAGCUCAAUGUUCCAACACGAGAUUGUUUUAGGUGGGAAGGGAAAUACGAAGAUUCGACAUAUGCAAUUUCUAAGUGAGUAAACAGCAGUAAGGCCAAAGAUGAGAGCUGAGGUCAAGCAUUGUAUCAAUAAUUAUUUGACAUGAUUCUUGUAUUACCAAUAAGUUGCAAUGAAUUAUUUCACGAGCUCACUACUAAUAAAAUCUCUUCUUACUCCUUGCCAAA